AUGUCUACUGCAGCCCGCCGCCGCUUGAUGCGCGACUUCAAGCGCAUGCAAACCGACCCGCCUGCCGGCGUCUCUGCUUCUCCAGUUGCAGACAAUGUCAUGACUUGGAAUGCAGUCAUUAUCGGCCCCGCUGACACGCCGUUCGAAGAUGGAACCUUCCGCCUUAUCAUGCAUUUCGAAGAAGCGUAUCCCAACAAGCCGCCGGGUGUCAAGUUCAUCAGCCAGAUGUUUCACCCCAACGUAUACGGAACGGGCGAGCUGUGUUUGGACAUUCUCCAAAACCGAUGGUCGCCCACGUACGAUGUCGCGGCCAUCUUGACGAGUAUUCAGAGUCUGCUGAACGACCCAAACACAUCGUCCCCCGCUAACGUCGAAGCGUCGAACCUGUACAAAGAGAACCGCAAGGAAUACACCAAGCGUGUGCGCGAGACAGUGGAGAAGAGCUGGGAGGAUUGA